GAGCUCCCGCGGGGCCGCGGGGCGCUCGGACACCGCCGGGUAGCGGCGGAGCUCGGCCGGGACGCGCCGCCGCAUCGCCGCCCCGCGCGGGGAGCGUGUGCGCCCCGAGCGAGCACAAUAGCCGGGAGGAGGAGACAGGGAAAGGGGCAGGGGAGAGGAGGAGAGAGAAAGGGAAAGCACAACACGGGGGCUGGCGAGGCAGCGCGGAGCGGAGGGCUCUGGAGCGUGGCCGCGCUGAGGACCGUGCCCAGGACGGCGGCGACAGGAGCCUCCUUCUCGUAUUCUCCACUUAACUCCCGUAUGCAAAAUGGUGGACCCUGUGGGGUUUGUAGAGGCUUGGAAAGCACAAUUUGCAGACUCUGAGCCUCCUAAGAUGGAGCUGAAAUCUGUGGGAGACAUUGAACAGGAACUGGAGAUGUGCAAAGCCUCUAUCCGGAGACUGGAGAUGGAGGUUAACAAGGAGAGGUUCCGCAUGAUUUACCUGCAGACUCUUCUGGCAAAAGAGAAAAAAAGCUAUGAUAGACAGAGAUGGGGUUUUAAACGUGUUUCUCAGUUGCCUGAAGGGGGUGCAGAGCAGCAGAUCCAGGACCUGCAUCAUCACCAGUCUGCUGACCAAGAAGAAUAUGAAAAAAGCAAGUCACAGCAUGGGGAGGAAAAGUUCAAACCCAGGAUACCCUCUAUGCGAAAGCUGUCUACCCAGAGUGAUGGAUCAGACCUGUCACCUUUGGACAGCCCCCAUCAUGGAGAAGGAGAGCAGGACAGGUGUAAGUACUAUGGUGAGGAGAAACUGAAGAGAGUUGUAGAAGAURCGGAGAAUCGCUGUGAUGCAGAUGGCUCUCCUUCAAAACACAGAUCGGCUUCCACUCGCAGGCUAGUGGGAUCUGCUGAGAAGGAGGGAUCUUUUGAACCUAAGGAGAGAGGGAACAGCACCAGUGUGGCAGCCCUGAGGUCCAAUUUUGAGAGAAUGAAGAAGGUUAAUUCGCAUUCUUCUGGAGAUAACAAGGACAUUGUUGAAAAGCCCUUUUAUGUGAACAUGGAGUAUCAUCAUGAGAAGGGUUUAGUAAAGGUCAAUGAUAAAGAUGUUUCUGAUAARAUAAGCUCCCUUGGUAGCCAAGCCAUGCAAAUGGAACGCAAAAAGUCUUUGCACUCCCUCCCUUCUAACAUGGUACCCAGCUUUGGUGAGUUCCAGAGGCCUACAUAUAGGGGAAGGUCCUCGGAGAGCAGCUUUGGCUAUGAUGCAGAAUAUGAGGAUGCUGAACUGAACGCCAAGUUUCUUAAAGACAACCUGAUUAAUGCCAAUGGCAGCAGCCGCUCACCUUGGCAGCCCAUGGACUUUCAGCCGUACCAGAGUAUCUAUGUUGGUGGAAUGAUGGGGGAAGGAGAAGGAAAAGGACCUAUUCUGCGGAAUCAGGGCUCAGCUGACCAGGAAAAACAUCUCACGUGGCCCAGGAGAUCUUACUCCCCUAGGAGUUUUGAAGAUAUUGGGGGAGGAUAUACUCCUGAUUGUAGCUCUAAUGAGAACCUUACCUCCAGUGAGGAAGAYUUCUCCUCAGGACAGUCCAGCCAUGUCUCCCCCAGCCCCACCACUUACCGCAUGUAUCGGGAUAAAAGCCGUUCCCCCUCCCAGAACUCUCAGCAGUCCUUUGACAGCAGCAGCCCACCAACCCCUCAGUCUCAAAAACGGCACCGGCAGCAGCAGGUCAUCGUGUCUGAGGCUACUAUUGUGGGCGUACGAAAAACGGGACAGAUCUGGCCAAGUGAUGGAGAUUUACCCUCUGGGAGAUGUCACCAGGACAGCUGUUUCCAUGGGGAUGCAGAUGCCCCGUUCGGGGGGACCCCGCCUGGCUACGCGUACGAUGCUGACCGCGCCGAGGAGCAGAGGCGGCACCAUGACAUGAUGCCCUACAUCGACGACUCGCCAUCCUCCUCGCCCCACCUGAGCUCCAAGAGCCGCGGCAGCCGCGACACGCUGUCCUCAGGCUCGCUGGAAUCCACCAAAUCAAGUGAGCCAGACCUGGAGAAAGGCCUGGAGAUGAGAAAAUGGGUCCUGUCAGGAAUCUUAGCCAGUGAGGAAACCUACCUGAGCCACCUGGAGGCCCUGCUGCUGCCUAUGAAGCCUUUGAAAGCCGCUGCCACCACCUCACAGCCUGUGCUGACMAGUCAGCAGAUUGAGACAAUAUUCUUCAAAGUGCCUGAGCUCUAUGAGAUCCACAAAGAAUUCUAUGAUGGGCUCUUUCCCCGAGUGCAGCAGUGGAGUCACCAGCAGCGUGUUGGGGACCUCUUCCARAAGCUGGCCAGCCAGCUGGGAGUGUACCGGGCCUUUGUGGAUAACUAUGAAGUUGCUAUGGAGACAGCAGAGAAAUGCUGCCAAGCCAAUGCUCAGUUUGCUGAAAUCUCUGAGAAUCUAAAGGCCAGAAGCACAAAGGAAUCUAAAGAUCAGACGACGAAAAAUUCCUUGGAAACUCUGUUGUACAAGCCAGUGGACCGAGUGACUCGCAGCACACUUGUCUUGCAUGAUUUGCUCAAGCACACUCCAGUGAGCCACCCUGACCAUCCCCUGCUGCAGGAUGCUCUGCGCAUCUCRCAGAAUUUCCUCUCCAGCAUCAACGAGGAGAUCACUCCUCGCCGGCAAUCCAUGACUGUGAAGAAAGGGGAGCACCGGCAGCUGCUGAAGGACAGUUUCAUGGUGGAGCUGGUGGAGGGAGCUCGCAAGCUACGUCAUGUCUUUCUUUUUACUGAUCUCUUCCUGUGUGCCAAGCUCAAGAAGCAGAUUGGAGGAAAAAGCCAACAAUAUGACUGCAAAUGGUACAUCCCCCUCACUGACCUCAGCUUCCAAAUGGUGGAUGAGUCUGAGGCAGUGCCUAAUAUCCCCCUGGUACCUGAUGAGGAGCUGGAUGCCAUGAAGAUCAAGAUAUCCCAGAUCAAGAAUGACAUCCAGCGGGAAAAGAGGGCCAAUAAAGGCAGCAAGGUGAUUGAGAGAUUAAAAAAGAAGCUCUCGGAGCAGGAAUCCCUCCUACUACUGAUGUCUCCCAACAUGGCCUUCCGGGUGCACAACCGCAAUGGCAAGAGUUACACAUUCCUCAUUUCAUCGGACUAYGAAAGGGCGGAGUGGAGGGAGAACAUCCGGGAGCAGCAGAAGAAAUGCUAUAAAAGCUUYUCACUCACAUCCGUGGAGCUCCAGAUGCUGACAAACUCCUGUGUGAAGCUUCAGACUGUCCACAACAUUCCUCUCACUAUUAAUAAGGAAGAUGACGAAUCCCCAGGUCUCUAUGGAUUCCUGAAUGUCAUUGUCCACUCUGCCACGGGAUUCAAGCAAAGCUCAAAUUUGUACUGCACGUUAGAGGUGGAUUCUUUCGGGUAUUUUGUGAACAAAGCCAAAACUAGAGUUUACAGAGACACCACGGAGCCCAACUGGAAUGAGGAGUUUGAGAUUGAGCUGGAGGGCUCACAGACACUGCGCAUUCUGUGCUAUGAAAAGUGCUACAACAAAACCAAGCUCACCAAAGAGGAUGGAGAGAGCACAGAUCGCAUAAUGGGGAAAGGACAGAUCCAGCUGGACCCACAGGCACUGCAGGACAAAGAUUGGCARCGCACAGUCAUCUCAAUGAAUGGGGUGGAAGUGAAGCUGUCUGUGAAGUUCACCAGUCGGGAGUUCAGCCUGAAACGGAUGCCGUCCCGCAAGCAGACAGGCGUGUUUGGGGUCAAGAUCGCUAUUGUCACCAAGAGAGAGAGGUCAAAGGUGCCGUACAUCGUGCGGCAGUGUGUGGARGAGAUCGAGCGCCGUGGGAUGGAGGAGGUGGGGAUCUACCGCGUCUCUGGGGUUGCAACCGACAUCCAAGCUUUGAAAGCUGCCUUUGAUGUCAAUAACAAGGAUGUGUCGGUGAUGAUGAGCGAGAUGGAYGUUAAUGCCAUUGCAGGCACCCUCAAACUGUACUUCCGGGAGCUGCCAGAACCCCUCUUUACAGAUGAGCUGUACCCCAACUUUGCUGAAGGCAUYGCACUUUCAGAUCCUGUUGCAAARGAGAGCUGUAUGUUGAAUCUGUUGCUAUCACUUCCAGAACCCAACCUUGUGACAUUCCUUUUCCUUCUGGACCAUUUAAAAAGRGUUGCUGAGAGGGAAAGUGUGAACAAGAUGUCCCUGCAUAAUCUUGCCACUGUCUUUGGACCAACACUGCUCAGACCUUCAGAGAAGGACAGUAAAAUCCCCGCGAACCCAACCCAGCCCAUCACAAUGACUGACAGCUGGUCACUAGAAGUCAUGUCCCAGGUUCAAGUUCUUCUGUACUUCCUGCAGCUAGAGACUAUCCCUACUCCAGACAGCAAGAGGCAAAGCAUUCUCUUUUCCACAGAGGUGUAGGUGCCUGUGGUACCGACAGGACUCAAACUGCUUUUGGUGUAACUCUGUCAUCCCUGGGAAAAAGAUGACUGAUGUUUCCUCAGACUAGCCUGUUCCUGUGCUGGGGAAUUCCRGCCCUUGGUGCUUCUGCUGUUUGUUAACCAGAGACAAGCUGGAGAGAAUGGAGAGAAGCCUCUCCUUUUGCUGGUAGGACCAGAACUAACCGGAGAUGGAGCUGUGCAGAAUCUCCACUAGAAGGAGCAAUAGACACUUGGACAAUGCACCACCAAGUGUGGCGAUUGUUCUUGUUGGGAAUGUGACGGAAGGUAUUCCUCAUUUUAUGGAUUUAAUUUAUCAUAAAGAAACAUCAAGAUUUCUACUGGACCACUUGAUAGGAUACCCCUUUUUGCGUGAGGGGGCGUUAAAGGAUAUAUCACAACUGUGUCUUUAAUAACUGCUGUUUUUCAAGUACUGUUCUAGGCCACAAAAAUAGCAUUGCUUUGCAAGAGGAAGGAGAAGAGAAGGGUCUGGGAUCUAAAAUUCUCUCCACAGAAAUUCAAGUCUUGAUUUGAAUAUGGUUCUGAAGAAAUCAAACAGUUUUAUGUACAACUAGAACUGUUGUCUGGUUAGGGGCUAGGUUUCUUGGCAUUUUUUUUUGUUUGUAUGUUUUUUUGGCUCACCCACUCCUUCCCAUACAAAUGCUUGUACACCCCAGGGAAGGAGAUGCCCUGCUCUUGCCUGUGUUGCACUUCUGAUGGGUUUUGUUGGGUUGAGACAGACUCAACGAAAUUACACUAUAAAUAAAUACAGCAAAUUAAAGAGAGGCAAGGGAGGAUAACAGCCAGUGAUUCUGUUGUUUGUUUGUAUAUAAAAGCAGGGGCAAUAUUAUCCAGGAAGGAUCACUAAAUUCCUUAGACCCCACCAAACUUAAUGAAAAUCAAGUGGGAAGACUAUUAAUUCACAACACUCCAAAGAAAAUACGUUAUCUCUGCAAAAGUAAUUGAAGAAUUUGUGCAUUAAAAAAAAUCAGUGGCUCUAAGUUUAGCUGGCUGCUUACUCCAGACUUUUAUCAGAACAUCUUUUUUUUGAUACUUGAAUUUUGGAGGCUUUGUACAUUGUUUCUACAAGAGUCUUUUUCUGAUAGAUACAAGCACUCUGAAAAAUGUCAGAAUGUACUUUGUGGACAAUCUAGCAAGUAGCAUGCAUUGUGGAUUCUCCAGAAAUUCCAACUCUGUUUUAAAUAAGAGCAGUGGAGAAAUUUCUGUGGAACUCCAUCGAGCAGUACAAAAGUUCUGGCCAAACACCAAUUUUGUAUUUCCCUCCCUAAAUCAGUUGAAGCUACAGGGUGGAAAGGGCAGCAGUAUUUGUCCAGGGAAUUGAAACUGCAGAAUCUAAUUGCUGGUAUCCAGAACUCAGCAUUCUGGCUCUCAAGCAGUUGUGCCAAACAUCCUGGGGGGUGGGAGUGAUGCCAUUUCCCUAAACUGUUCCAGCCCCUGCUACUCCUACCCAGCUAUGCAGCAUCCAUUUAGUGGCAUCUGUCAGUCAUUGUCCUGGUGAGAAGAAAAGUACAGCUGGAAGACAAGGGAAGGAAUYGGCACAAAAAUGGGAGGGAGGGACAGAUUUUGAAAGAUUGGUAGGGUCAGGUUGUCAACAUCAUUUGCAGGGAAAUAUGACACAGAAAGUGACCCCUGUUGUGCUGAAUUGUACAUUUUCUGAUGUGUGACCUGCAAACUCUCAGAUAAAAAAAAUAGCAAAGGAGUGUUUCAAGCAAAUAGAAAAAAAUUAAAGGGAAAUGAUUUUGUAGUCAUUGUAAUUCUGACUGCUGCAGAAUAUUAGAAAUUACUGUACUGUGAAGUUGCGAAAUCAGAAAGGAACAAAUAUAAAUUUCAAUUUUGUGAGUAUAUCAAUAUUUUGCAUGCUUUGUAAGGAUUCUUAUAGGAAUUUAAUAUUGCUUAGUAUCCCUCCCUCCUUAGGUCUGGGAGCAAACCUCUUUGUAAUGUAAUGUACAAUUAGAAAUUCCUUCUCUCUUGUAUGUAUUUCCAUGACAUUCCAACUUCUGAACCUGCAAAACCGAAAAAAAAUGUCCGUAGUAGGAGGUGCUUUUGCGGGGAGGGAGGGAAUGAAGGCAAGGAAACUUGAAGGCUUAAGAUUUUGAUUUUUUAGAUUUUUAUAUUCAUUUUUUGCCUGUUUGAAGGUAAAACUUAGUCACAAUCCUGAAAAGCAUUGACUUGAGCCAUGUUGUGCAGAGCAGUAAAACACUCUCUGGGUUUGUUUCUCUGUAUUUGUUCUCCCUUUUCCCUGGCAGCUCUACAGCAAUCCUUGUAUUGAGGCUGCACUCCUGCCUGCUCCCACUCCAGGUGGAUGAAGCUGAGGCAGGAGCACUGCUAAUGACUUCAUGGAAAAAGGAAAAAACCCAAGCUACACCUGGURUUGGGUGAUAGCCUUUUCCUUUGGUGUUUAGAAUCUGUGGCUGCUCCUUGCAGUGUUGAAACUGGAAAGCAAUACCAUAAUGACUGUGCCAAUUUACUUUUGCCCAACUUUUUUAUUUUUAUUUAUAUAGGAAUUUAAUUUUAAUAUUAAAUUACUGAUCUAUAGUAUGUAACCAUGAGAAAAUUGCUUUUGCUUUGGUUACUGUGACAGGUUGUUGCUGUCAGUCUCUCAUUACAAUGCUCAGUUCUAAUGUAAUGUUAUCUAACAUGCAGGCAUGUGGAUCAGGGAAAAAAGUUAAUUUAACUUAACCCAUUAAUUAUUUCUGUUAAGUAUGAAUAUGUUUUCCCCAAAGCUGGUAAUUUUGGGCUGGAAAAGAUAGUAGAUCAUAUUGCUGAUGAUGAAAUGGUGGACUGAUUUGAAAUAAGAAUUGAUUUCUUGAAUUUCCUUUAAUUUUGCAAAUAAGUUUUUUCCAAUAGUCUUAUGUUUUCAGAAAUUAGGUAUUUCCAAAAGACUUUUAUGUUUUUUUUCCCAGGGAGGUUGGUUGGGGCUUUUGUUUGUUUGGAGGCUUUUUUACGUUUUGGGGUUUUUUUUUUUUACACUUAAUUUUUUUAACAAGCCUUAUUAUACUUAAACAAAAAGGAAAAUGCAAAACUUGGCUUUAGAGAAGGCCUUCUGAUAUCUCCUCUUAUACAUUCCCUUGUGAGUUGUGUCAGAAAACUGAGGUCUUUAAUUUUCUAUGUUAAAAGGUACAAUACAACCAACACAACCGCAAAMCAGGGAAAAGUUACCCUUUUUAUGUGCACUGGGAGUUUUUGCUCSUUCAGUUUCUAAUGUAUUGGAGAGACCUUUCUACAAAUGUCACUUGCAGGAACAGGUAUAUACAAUGUUUAAAUUUUCAGCWAAGGAAAUUCAGGUGAUUAGGAUAGUCUGUCUCUCCAGUUUAAGGAGGGGAGUAAGCAUCAGUUUCCUGGCAUUUAGAAACUAUCUUAAAAUUCUCAUGGAUUUUUUUAACACUGAGUAGGUUUUAAAGUAAAAUUUUAAAAUGUUAAGCAAAUGAAGGGUAAAGUUUUYGAAGAUGGACAAGAAAUAACAGUUACUAGCUCAGAGUCAGCUUUGUGUUUGUGUGURCUUUGUAUGGGAGGGAAGUGUUAGAAACCAAACUGAAAUACAUCCAUUCAAAUGCUGCUGGUGUUCUUUAUUCUUGCACAUUUUUAACAAGUUGAGGUAGUAGCUAAGCUAUUUCAGGCUGUAUUUUAAUGCUGCUAUUUUUCAGUGUAUCAGCUAAGGGCAAAAUGCAGCAGUGUGGUGCCUGGCCUUGCCGUGCCCACUGCCCGCCUCGGCUCUGGCCGUCAUCACGCACACGYGGAAUCGGCCGGCACCGCGUGGAGCCAAAUGGCCCCUUGUGGUGCUGGCCAUGAGGUGGUGGAACCACAGAGGAUAUUUAUGGGAGGUGCAGGAUUUUUACUGUUUAUUAGUUUUACCUGUUUUAUGGUUGUUCCUGUUAGUUUUCUAUGASUUUAUUUAAACAAAUGGACUGUUCUUUAAGGCAGAUGUGGAUCUCCAGAUUAGUUUGUCAUUUGUGUAACACUGGAAGGCAUCACAAUGUGUUCAUUUACCUUAAUGUGCCAUUCUUUCGAGUGUGUAUAAAAUGUAAACAGACUGAUGUGGUUUUAAAAAAGUUUAAAGUAUGAUGGCAAAACCCCAACUUUCUCUGAAUCCUCACUAGGUAAUCCUUUUGUUUCAGUGUUUGGUCACCUACUGGGAUAACUUUAUCAGAUGUGGCAUUCUUCUUAUGGAAAAUUUUAGCAUAAAAUGGGAAAUGUUUUAAGAAAAAUACUCGCCCUUUCUCUUUUUACUUUAAUUCAAGAUGACAGGGACUUGGAAUAAUGGAAGACCAAUACAUUUCUGCAGCAUCUUGAAGGGGAUAUGCUUCUUUUCCUUAAAGAAGAAAAAUCUGAAAGGGCAAAUCUUAGAUACAAYGAAAUUAAUCAAAUUCUUGUAGAUAGUCACUUGUUUAUGCCAUCUUAAAUUUCUGCUCCAGGGAUGUUUCUCYUUGUAGACUUUGCUAACAUUGUCCUACUACUGUUAGUGAAAAAUAAAUGUGUUGCCAUUCCCUUCCUUUAACACAGGGCCUGUGCAACUGAGAUACUGGAGCCAUGGACUAGUAUUAGCAAUUCUUCAUUCUGAACUAGGAUGAAAUAAAUGUUCACAUAUGUUCUUUGAACUUCCUGAUUGAAUAGAAUUAAACCCAUGGAUUGCCCUUAAAAUCAACAGAAGAUGUAAAAGAAGCACUUACAGUUUAAUAGACUGCUCCCUAACAAUCUUUAGGGAAUUAAACCAACACAAAUGGAAAAGGGAAGCAUAAUUAGGAAUCGCUCAUGUCACGUUGCUUGGGACUAGAAUGAGGUUYUCAUUUUGAAUUACAGAAGGUGGCUGAUGCCCUAGAUAACUGAGCAAAGGCUGUCUUGCCAGUAAAUAAACACGAAUAUGGGAAUGCCAGGAAUUUAGCUACAGCAGCCUCACAGUUCUGAUAUGCUGCAACCCCUCUUUCUACUGAACAUUCACAGUUCACUGCUAAGAAAGCAAAGCUUAUCACUUGCUCUCUAUCUUUUCCCCCUGUGGCAGCAGUCAUAGUGCCUGUAUGUUAAUGCAGGUGAACCACCAACACAAAAAAGUAAAAAGYUCCUAGAACCACAAAGUUGGACUAUUGUUUAAGCUAAAAGUCUGGUUUUGGACUGCAAAGAUAAAAUGUCACAACACCUGUAAUGACAAAAUGGUUGAGGCAGUAGGACCAAAGUAAACCUGAGUGAAUGUGUUGUCCUUAUUCUCCUCCAUCCAUGACUGUAUCAUUAGAUUUUUGCCCCUCAGGUCAAGCAAAUUCAUAAAUGUUAUUGUCAAGAAUUAGAAAAUUAUUAAAUGACCUAGUUUGCCUCCAYUGUUGAUUCUCUUUGUGUUACCAUCUUACAGUGACAAUUGCUGGAGACCACUGAAAAGCAUGCAGUGGUUUYUACAUAAUUUUUUUCCUGCUGCCAUGUUUUACCUCAUAGUAAGACAGACCCCUCCUUUUCYAACAGAACCACUUCACAUCAUUCUGCACUGUAGCUACUACCACAUUGAGAGGUUCAGUUUGUAGCAGUUCUACAGAGCAGAGCUCUGGAGAUAAUUAAAAUGUUUCCAGGCUUCUUGUGUAGAAUGCACCAGGUACUGCUGAAGUUCUGGGCUCAUGCAGAGCUGUGUUGCGAGCUAAGUAAAAUUCUAUUAUUUACAGCUGUUCAAGCAUAUUUGGGAAUUAAUAGGAUUACAGUGUGCCCAAGCCUUGCAGAAGUGUUUGCUCUACUGCUUUGUCUUAAUYGCAGUCAUGUUCAAAUCCUCUUGUCAAAAAUGGUUCAUCAGAAUAGAGAAAAUUGUAUUUUCCGCUCGAGCUUUUGCUUGUGURACUGCUGUGUUCUGUUCCCCAGUGGUAGGAUUUUCUGAGAAUCUGAGACAUUCUACAGAUGAGCUUUUUCUCUAAUCUGCAGAAUGAUUUAUACCACACGGCAUUUUAUAUCCCUGUGGAUGUACAAAAGGGCAGGCUUGUGUACAAAACAGCUUCCUGCCUGGAAGGAGAGACAGUAGCUUCCUGGAGAUGACCCCAGGCGAGGGUCACAGCGAGUCCAGCCCAGCAGUGCACAGGGGCCUUGCUGCUGCUUGGGUGCUCCCAUCUCCCCUGGGGCAGUUGGAUGAGGCUCAGAAGGCAGUUGGGAGUUCCUUCUUACUGCACUCAACCAUGAUCAAAUGCUGCUCUAGAGUAGCUCAAACUUCCUUCAUUUUAGUCCCAUUUUGGGAAAAACAGGGACUGUGCUGAUUUGGGAUUAUAUAAAUAGCUGCAAACCAAUCCGUAUCUAAAACCUAUUUAAUAUAUGGUAGGUGGUAAUGUAAAAGCUGCCAUGGCAAGGUCAUUUCUCCACAACACCCUCUUCUACUCCCUGCCUCCUUUACUACUUCUCACAGCCUAAAAGAAAUCUUGUCUUGGGUUUCACAGUCAAAUACAAAACUUCCAGAAUCCUGAUAAAAUUUAGCUAUGCGGGGACUGAUGUUUCAUGAGUACYAAAAGUGAUUACCAAGGUGGCAAAAAGAGGGUAAGGAAUAACUGUGUUGGGAUAACUGAAAAGCAUCAUGAUGAAAUGGUAAAUUURAAAAUUAUCUCACAGCAGGACACUGAUAUGUUGUCCUUCCUGUGUCUGUCCAGCAAAAAAAAAAAAAMCAAAACUCAGCCUUCUCUUGCCUAUGUAAGUUGUGUAGUUUGUUCUUAUCACUAGUAUUAUAAGUGUUUAUAAUCCAUGAAGAAUUCCAAGGAAAGGAGUUAAGACUAUUUAUUUAAAUAUAAAUACAAUUAAAUUAUAUAAUUAGUCCUAAAUUAUCAGGUGUAGAAAAAAACUUGUUAUUGUUUGGAUAAUUUUGGGUUUCAUCAGAGCUAAUAUUGUUGGCAUUAUUUUAAACACUACCAUGUUAGGGAGUCAGUUUUUGACAUUUUAUCCUGCUGUUGCUAGUGCUUCAGUAUCUCAUAGUGCUCUGUUUUGGGGAAAGAAAACUUAAUCCUAAUAAUUUAAUACUGAAAGGUGUCAAAACCAUACUGCUAAACAUCUCUCACUUUAGGCCCAAAGAGAAGGGAUGAGGGAAAGGGAAAAAUGGUCAUUCUGGAUACUUUUUUUUAACUUUCUGAGAAAAGUGGUAUGGAAAAGGGAUCCAAAAACUGUAUUUGGGGGGAAAAUGUCUAAAGGCAUUUGUAGCCUUUCUUUGUACACAAUGUUAAAUAAAAUCUCCUGUAUCUAYGUUGUCAGGUUCUUUUGGUCUUAUUUAAAUGAAAGUGGGCCUACAUUACACUGAAUGUGUGAAUUGCAUUCAGCCGAGUUUGCUGGAGGUAUGGAAUUUAACACUUAUUUAAAAAUAAAAGCCGUUUCUUGGUUUACAAGGUAAAAGCUAUAUCACUUAAAAUCUAGAGGUUAGUACAGGGAACUGAAGUAAAACAACUUUAAUGGGUGGAAAUAGUUUACAUGCAAAAUAGAGAAGUAGCUGAGCAACCCAGUCCAUGUUCACAUCUUAUGAWUCCUUUUGUAGGCACUCUGCAUCAAAACCCAGCCUAUUUCAGACCUUAUCAACUUUACAUUUGUGUGCAGAGCACUUGAACCACGGUUAGUAUUUGCUAAGAAAUCAGCUCUGACCUCCAUUUCUUCAAACGUUGCAUGAAAUUAGUGGGAUUUUGUAGGAAUCAGUGUGGAAACUGAAUCAGUUAUUUAAAUCAAGUUAACCUGGUGCUUUAUUUAAGUAUUGUUUAAAUUCUUAGUGUAAUUAAAGUACAUUUAUGUUUGAAUAUAGUCCAAAUUUAAUAUA